GCUAACUUUCCUCCAUUCAAUUACAACAUGGCUGUCUCAGUGAAAUUGUUAAAAAAACAAAACAAAGAUUUUUGACCUGUCAAAUAAGCUAUCAACACUAAAUUAUUUGUGUAAUUUAACAAAAAGGAAUUAUUAAAAUGGGUGAAAAAUCCGAAAACAACUGGUUUGGUUCUUGGUUGAAUGCUGCCAAAAAUAAGAGCACUGAAGUAUUAGAAUUCGUAAAAAAAGACUUGGAAGAAUUCGGGUCUGCUGUAAAAAACGAAGCCAGCAAUGUUGUUUCGUCGACGGGAGCAGUCCUCGAAAAAACUUUAAAACUGGAUUCGCCAGAUUCCACCGCUAGUUCUAUGAAAAGGAGUUUUAGUUCUUUUCUCGGACAAGUGAAUAACGUAUUAAAUCCAAGUCCAGACGAUUCCGAUACUGAAAUAUUUAUAGUGGAGAAUUCAGAAACGGUAAAAUUAACAAAAUUACAGAAAGCCAUCUAUGACCUACAGAAAGAUCCAAAUACAUUCCUCUGUGAUCCCGACGCCGAUUUAAGUAAGCAAUUCCAUUGUUGGUUAGAAAUAAUUGACGAUCAGUUGUCCGACGAUCGGAUAGCCAAGCAUGUCAAUAGCUCGGAAGUAUUAAAACGUCAGUACGCUAAACUCGUGCCUGAUAUCGUCGAACACCAAUUGUUCUGGAAAAGGUAUUUAUUCAAAAAAGCUUUAUUGGAAGAUGAUAUUGCUAGGAAGGAGGCUUUAGAGAAGAGGGAACAAAAAGAUAAAGUCAUAACGGAAGAAAACCUUAAGUGGGAUCAAGGCCCUUUCCCAGAAGACUUUGGCAACGACAUCGAACUGACGGAAGAAGAGCAAAUAAAGCUAUUAGAGCAGUACGAGAAUGAAAAGAAAAACCAAAAAUCCAGUCCAAAACCAAACAAAGUACCUAUCGGCGAAAAGGUAAUCUUUAAACAGGAAACGCCUAAAAAAGAGUUAAUUGCAAAUAAAUUGCAGAAGUUUCAGAACGAAGAGAGAUCUAAGUUAAACAAAGACGAUUCGUCUAUGAGUUUGGACACUCCUAGUAGUAAUAGCAGUACUGACGGGGAAUGGGAAAAAAUUAGCGACAUUGACAAAUAAUUAGGAGUUCAGGAAAAAUUUGUAAUGUUAUACCCGAUUUUCUAUUACUAGCCCUAGUUUUAUUCUAUUUUAUGAGAAAUAGUUAUAAAAUUUUAAUAUUUGUUAUUUUUACGUACUAUUUUUAAUUUAUUUUAUUUAGAUGUUUAUCACGCUAUGAAUUAUGGUUUUUUUUCUUUUUUUGGAAAAUUUUUGUACCUAGUCUUAUUGUGUAUAAAAAAGCUGUAUUUACACUUGUUUAAGAAAUAUAAAUUUUACCAA